UUCAAUAAACAGUUACAGUUCCCGUUGAAAAUAUGUUUAGACGUUGUUCAAGAAUUCUUACCGUCAUGUUGUACCUAAUUCUCACCGCUUCCAUUUACUCGUCGUUUAAAGCGUUGUUUGGCCUAUCGGUGACGGUAAGAAUCAAUUCAAUGAAGGAUCACGAAAGAAUCGACGUUGAAACUCAGACAACUCCCUUUGUUCUCAUCCUCUGCAACGACGGAAACUACUUAAGAUUCCCAGAAAUAGCCAUGACCAAGUUCGAGAUUCAACUUCGGCAAGCAAAGACGCUUAUCAAGUCAGCCGUAAAAUUGAGUAAAUCAUCGAUCAGAUUCAUCAUCUUGGGUAACGACGACACUGUGCUGCUUGCUUUGAAGACGUUCGUGUCUGAGUGGCCGCCACUCCUCAGAAGUCGCCUCACUCUCAGCUACCGCCCAGUCUUCAUACCAGAGGGCUGGCACUUGAUGGACCUCUACGAGAAAUGCGUCACGGAAAAGUUGUUCCUGCCGUGGGUGUUGCCGGAGUUUGACGCGGUGGUGUACAUGGACACAGACCACGUGUUCAUGAGGCCUCCUGAACACCUGACUCAACACUUCAAGUAUUUUGACGAGAAGCAGGUGCUGGGAGUGGCGCCUGUCGAUGGAUUUUACUUGCAGUUUAAUACUGAGAAUUACAAAAACUAG